AAGAAUGGUUGGAACUUCAAAGACUGCAAUGCUUCCUGCACAGUGGCGCUGGCAUGUAAAACUCCUUAAACCCUUUAGCACUACUAACAAAACCCUUUUCUUUUCUGAUUCGACCAUCAUCACCAUCUUUUGUAAAGUUUUUGAAGGUUAUUAUAUGAUCAAUCCAGAAGAAUGGCUCUUUUAAGAAGAUUGCAAGCAAUUCGUGCACUUUCUCGAACAGCUGAGAGUCGAAAUCCUUCUUGUCUGCUCCAGAGCUCAAGAAGCUAUUACAGUGAUUUUUCAAAUGGCCUUGAAUUUAACUCCCAGAGAAUUUUCCUUUCCCCAUACAAGGGCCAUAAUGCAUUUCCUUGGACUCAUGGAAGUACAAUGACCCAUCAAUCCUCAACGGUAAGUUAUUGGAACAUAAAAAGUUUGGGCUUGUUGGCUGUAACUUCAGCUCAGCCUAUUGAGUUGUCAACUUUUGUAAAUGACAAAAGGUUAUUAACAACACAAGCAAGAGCUCCACCACAAGCACGACAGAUGGGAGCUCUUAAAGUGUCCGUUUCGAGUCCAGGAUUCAUCUAUGAACCUUACGCACCUCGUGAGCCAAUCCCAUUUUGGCGAAGGUGGUUCACAAAAAGUGGUUGGAGAAGAACAAAAGAUGACAUCAUCUUAGAGCUCAAAAGUGCCUAUGCUGUAUCUAAGUUAAGAAAAUCUGGAUACUCAAAACAUCAAUUGUACAAAGAGGCCAUUGAGUUGUACAAGGAGAUAAGCACUAUGAUUGCGAAUGGUGAUAAAAAUUCACUGAGGAAAGCUGUUACGGAAAAAAUGUAUUCUGAACUCAAGAAUGAAAUUAAACAAAGAGAGUCUAUGUGGAGUAAGGUUUAUUGGGAAUUGGUUGAACCAGUGAUUAAGAUACGAACUCUGCGAGCUCGACUGAUUGGUGUUGAUCGAAGUGACUUCAGCAAGGUUUUUAUACAGCUAACCCUUGAGUUACUGACAAAGCAGAAGUUUGAAGCCUACGACUCAAAAGAUACUGUUGUUGCUGGAGACAAAACAAAGGAGCUUGCUCAUUCAACUUACUUAAACUCUGAAACAACAGUACUACCAUUUUUCCGCAAGCUGCAUCACAUGCCUCUAAAUUCCCAAUCUAUCUUGUCCCUCACGACUCGCUGCUUUACCACACAAAACGACAAACUUAAUUCGUUUCCUGACAAACCGACUGCUGCCUACUACGAUGGUCUUGUCAAUGCUGCUGGCCAUGAGCGAGACUUCAAGACACUUCACCACCUCCUCAACAAGCGUGUGAGAGACCAUUGCUUUAACACCACCAACACAUUCAAAUUCAUCACCAACACUGAUAACUCACUCUCUGUCUUGGAUGAUCUCAUUCAAACCCUAGCCCGUCUUGACAAAGGCAUUCCUCGCAUGAGUGCAUACAACAUGCUCAUUGCACGCCUCUGCAAACUAGACCGAAUUCAGGAAUCACUGCACAUUGUGCAUAUCAUGGCAGAUGAACAGUAUGGCUUAAGCACGUGUAGCUUUCAUCCUAUACUGAGUUCUCUCACACAGAAGAAGAAGAUGGAGGAUUCCUGGAAAGUAAUAGAGAUGAUGAGGGCCAUCGGGGUUUUGCCUGACCUAACAGCAUUCAAUUAUUUGUUAACUGCAUAUUGUUAUAAUGGAAAUUUAGUGGAUGCUUGUAAGGUGAUGAAGAGGAUUGAAGAGGAGGGAUUAGGUGCUGAUGCACGUACAUAUGAUGCAUUGGUGUUGGGCGCAUGUAGGACAGGGAAAGUGGAGGCGGCUUUGGUGGUGCUGAGGAGAAUGGUGGAUGAUGGAGUGCAUGUAUUGUAUUCUACACAUGUGCAUGUUAUCAAUGCAUUAUUGAGGCUGGGAUGCUAUGUGCAGGCUACAAAGUUUGUGAUGAUUUUUGGAGGGAGAGAUAUAGCAUUUGAUACAGAGAUUUUUGGGAUACUGGCUAGUAAGCUGAUUAAGUUGGAGAGGUUCGAGGAAGCUAAGUUAGUUUUGAAGGAAAUGGAAGAAAGGGGUUUGGUAAUGGGUGAUAAAUUGAGGGAUUACUGCUACGUGAAUGUCAAAAUUGUUGAAUAGUUCUUGGUUCUUUUUUUAUGAGCGUCAACAUUUCUGGAGUUGGCUAGGUAGUUUGUGGUUUAGACCCAAGAGGCACUCCCUAAGCUGGAGUUAAGUGGCAUAAUUUUUCUGGACCUUAUUCAUUUUUCUUUUCCUUUAUGUAAUCAAGGAAAUCAGUCAGUCCUGGGUGUAGAAUAGUUUCAUUAGCUCAGAAUUCUAAUUUACCAUCGGAGGCAUACUUCUAUUCUCAAGGAAAUUAUUUGGAUAUCAAAUUUAACAGGGGCGGACUGUAGGAUAUGUUUCCAGAGUUUAGAAGCUUAUCUUUGUUCACAUAUAAAAUCAAAGAGGUUCAAGGAGAGGCAGAAUUGCUCAUGUGAAUAUAACAAAAACGGACACUGAUGUGUCUGUUCUUCUGUAUUCCUCUGAUUUAUAGAAUUAGAAACCAUAGAAUAGGUUGGUCGACAGAUAUUAUAGAUAGGUUUCUCUGAUUUGAAUAAGCUGGGUAGAUAUAACCUGCAGUUCCCUGUUUCAUGCUCAUGUCCUUGUCCGUGAUAUCUGGGUAUUUGAGAAAUCCCUUUUUCACCCGGGAGCUUACUGGCGUCUUUGUGGGCGGAUUUCAGUUUAAGCCAGGUCUCUAUAACUAGCCAUACCCAAUUUUGCAAACCAAAGGGAAUGGUAGUUUAUUUGGUCAUCAUCUCGUAGUAAGCUCAUUGCUUUACGAAUUACUUGUGUUACUGAGUUCUAGAUGAAUAAAGUUGCAUAGAUCUUGGGCUUGAUACUUGGUGUUUUUUUUAAUGGAUUAAAAGUAUGCAGAAGUUCAGUUGCAUUUGAUGGAUUAUUAUUAUCCUGAUAACGUACGAUUGUAUUUUGUAAUUAUUGAUGAAUUAGAAAAUAAGUUGAUAUUAGAUC